GACACACACUCUCGCUGGAUUACGCAAGCCUUCGACGUAUUGUGAUUUAUAAUAGUGUUAAAGUGAAAAUAAUUCCCAAAGGACAAUCGAACAAUUAAAUAUAUUAUCCCUUUACUCAUAUCAAGUGCUUAAAAACUCAGUGCAAUGGCGUCCGAAAUGUUGUUGAAAAAGAACAAAAAAUUCUCCAGAUCUUAUCCUGAUUCGGAUGGGGAUGAUAUUGUUAUUUCUGGCAUGGCCGGCAAAUUUCCCAACUCGAAAAAUAUAUCGGAAUACGAAUACAAUCUUUAUAACAAGGUUGAUAUGGUGGAUGACGAUGAGCGUCGUUGGCGUCACUUCAAUCCAGAGAUUCCGAAGCGUUCCGGUAAAAUUAGCGAAAUCGAGAAGUUCGAUGCGACGUUCUUCGGAGUGCACUUUAAGCAGGCGCAUACCAUGGAUCCGCAAACACGCAUCCUGAUUGAGACGGCAUACGAAGCGGUCAUCGACGCGGGUAUCAAUCCGAAGACUCUGCGCGGUACUAAGACGGGCGUCUAUGUGGGCUCCUGUAUAUCCGAGUCGGAGAAAACCUGGUUCUAUGAGAAGGUCUCAUCGGGUGGCUUCGGCAUCACCGGCUGCAGUCGCGCUAUGAUGGCGAAUCGAAUUUCCUACUGCUUAGGACUGGAGGGUCCAUCGUUUUUGCUGGACACAGCUUGCUCCAGUUCAAUGUAUGCUUUGGAUAAUGCAUUCAGUGCCCUUCGUAAUGGUGAAAUUGACGCCGCAAUUAUUGGUGGCUCGAAUCUGUUGCUGCAUCCCUUUGUAACAAUCCAGUUUGCUCGACUUGGUGUUUUGUCUCCGGAUGGUUUCUGUCGUCCUUUCGACAAGGACGCUAGUGGUUAUACCCGCUCUGAGACAAUUAACUGCAUGUUUCUGCAAAGGAAGCGAGAUGCGAAGCGCGUCUACGCAAGUGUCAUUUACUCGAAAACCAACUGUGAUGGAUACAAGCCAGAGGGCAUUACCUACCCAUCGGGCAAGGUUCAACAGAAGUUGUUGGAAGAGUUCUACAAGGAAAUUGAUCUGACGCCCAAUGACUUGGGCUAUUUGGAAGCGCAUAGUACUGGCACCGUUGUGGGCGAUCCAGAGGAGUGCAAGGCAAUCGAUAGUGUGCUCUGUAGCCAACGCAAGGAACCACUGCUAGUGGGCUCUGUAAAGUCUAAUAUUGGGCACUCAGAGCCUGCCUCUGGCAUCUGUUCGCUAGUUAAGGCCUGUUUCGCUUUUGAAACCGGUUUGAUUGCACCCAAUAUCAACUUUACCGAAGUGAAGCCUACAAUUACAGCGCUUGCGGAAGGACGUCUGAUUGUGGUUAAGGACCCAACUCCGCUGCCCAAGCCAUAUAUCGGAAUUAACUCCUUUGGCUUUGGUGGCGCCAAUGCCCAUGCCAUCUUGAAAGCAUAUCCAAAGCCAAAGGUUAACUUCGGCAUACCAGAAGAUGAUCUGCCCCGAGUUCUGACAUGGGCCGGUCGAACCGAAGAAGCUGUCCAUGAGAUUUUCAACGCAAUCGAAAAGAAACCUUUAGAUGCCGAAUUUAUUGGUCUUUUGCAAAAUAUUCAGGAGGAAGAUGUGUCCGGAAUGGUGUUCCGAGGUUACGGCAUAUUUGCGAAUAAUGGCUUGGAGCCCACCAAGGCCUUGGCCAAGGAUGUGCAACAUUACACUGGCCUUAAGCGACCCAUCGUCUGGGUAUUCAGCGGCAUGGGCUCGCAAUGGAACGAGAUGGGCUCGUCGCUAAUGAUAAUUCCCCGUUUCCGACAGUCCAUUGAGGUCUGCCACAAGACUUUAGUGCCGAAAGGAAUUGAUCUCAUUGAUAUACUCACAUCGAAUGAUCCAGCCGUUUAUAAGAAUAUCUUACAUUCCUUCGUCGGCAUUGCUGCGGUGCAAAUUGGUCUUACAGAUGUUUUGCGCUCACUUAAUCUGGAGCCAGAUUACAUAAUUGGUCACUCCGUCGGAGAACUGGGUUGUGGCUAUGCAGAUGGCGGCUUGACGGCUGAGCAAAUGAUUCUCGCUGCCUAUUAUCGUGGACGAGUCAGCGUGGAUACUGACAAAAUCCGAGGUGCUAUGGCCGCUGUUGGCAUUGGCUACAAGAAGAUCAAGAGCAUGCUGCCCGAAACCAUUGAAGUGGCCUGCCACAAUAGCUCCGACUCCUGCACCAUCUCUGGGCCAAUCGAUGACGUUAGUCGAUUUGUGGAUGAAUUGAAAUCGAAAGACAUCUUCGCCAAGGAAGUGCCCUGCUCGAACAUAGCCUACCAUUCCAGAUAUAUCACGCUCAUGGGUCCCCCAUUGCUCAACUACAUGAAGGAAACAAUACCACACUCGAAGGCUAGAACAGAAAAGUGGCUGAGCACCAGUGUGCCGAAGAGCGACUGGGAGCAGCCUGAACAUCAGCUAUGCUCAGCCGAAUACCACACAAACAACCUAUUGAGCAGUGUACUCUUCGAGGAGACUUUCGCGCAGCUGCCAAAUAAUGCGUUGACUAUCGAAAUAGCUCCUCACGGCUUGCUUGGCGCAAUUCUUAAGCGAUCUAUGCCAAAUGGUAUUCAUAUUCCGCUGACGAAUCGAGGAAACAAGAACAAUGCGCUCUUCUUCAUGACUGCGCUUGGCAAACUAUAUCAAAACGGACUUAUGGUACCAGUUGCCAAUCUAUAUCCCAAAAUUGAGUUCCCCGUCUCUCGCUCCACGCCGAGCAUUAGCUCAUUGAUCCGUUGGGAUCACAGUGAAGAUUGGUUUGUCACCAAAUAUGAAAAUAUGAAGACCAAAUCAAGUGGGGAACGUGUCUUCCCCAUCAACCUGGCCAGCGAUAAUGAGGAAUUCAUGAGCGGACAUGUCAUAGAUGGUAAAAUUCUUGUCCCAGCAACAUGCUAUUUGCAGUACGUUUGGGAGACCUUCUCACUUAUGUAUCAUGGACCAAGCUAUAUGGACGUGCCAGUUGAAUUCGAAGAAGUUCAAUUCCUCAGAGCCACAAAUAUGUCGCUUAACGGAGAGGUCGAGCUAAAUGUCAUGAUUCACUAUGGCACAGGUCACUUUGAGAUAACUGAAGGUGGUGCCUUAGUGGUUACCGGCAAAAUCAGAGAGAUUGAAAAUCCCACCAUACCGGAAGUCUAUCAUUUCGAAAAGGAAUCCCAAUUUCCGAUGGUGUCUAAGAAAGAUUUUUACAAGGAACUUAAGCUGCGUGGAUACCACUACAAUGGAGCGUUCCGAGCGGUAAAGAGCGCACGUUCCGAUGGACAAUAUGGUCAAGUCGAAUGGAACUACAACUGGGUGACAUUCAUGGAUGCAAUGCUACAAAUUCAUAUAUUGGGCACAGACUCACGCUCCCUUUUACUGCCAACGAAAAUCCGUAAGCUACGUAUCAAUGGCGUCCAUCAUUUCGAUUUGAUGACGAAAAUGGAUCCUGAGAAUCGCGUAUUUGAUGUCUAUGUGGAUCAUAAAUUUGACCGCGUUGUAGCGGGAGGCAUUGAGCUGAUUGGACUUCAUGCAAGUCCAGUGCAAAGGCGCAGACCUCCCGGCAUUCCAGUUUUAGAGAAAUACGAAUUCGUGCCCUAUUUGCCAGCUCCAGAAGUGAGCCUGUCGAAUGCAGUCCGCAUUUGCGUACAACUUGCCCUGGAGAACGUUCCCACAUUAAAGAUGAAACUGGUCGAAGUCGAUACUGAUGGUAGAGAAACUGUUUUGGAUAAGUUCAUCGACGCUAUCGAAGAUCUGCCCGUCGUCACUGGAGAGUAUAUGUACUUGACGGGUAGAAAAAUUGAGGAAAUACCUGGCAUACAUGUAGAAAAUGGAAAGUUGUCUACUCUAACCAAUUACCACUUCGUGGUGGGUGGUGGCAUUUGCGGAGAACUCAACGAAGACGUGAUUACCAAUGCGCAGAAGGUGCUCGUAGACAACGGCUACCUUUUGAUCAGAGAGCGACCCACAACGAACAUAAGUAGCUUAAAACUACCAGAACAAUUCCAUUUGAUUACGGUUAUUCCGAUUGACAACAGCGAGGAAGUUUUCCUACUACUGCAAAAGAUUUCUAAGAAAUUGCACAUGGAACCGACUGUCGUUAAGGUCUCGGAGAACGACUCGACCUUUGAUUGGAUUACUCAGGUGCAGGCCGCAAUCAGCAUCAAGAGUACUGUCGUUAUGUACGCUUUUAAGGAAGAGCUGAAUGGUCUGAUCGGCUUGGUCAAUUGUUUAAGAAAGGAGCCCGAUGGCAAUCUAGUCACCUGUUUCUUCAUUGAUGAUCCAAACGCACCUGAAUUCGAUCUAGCAAAUCCAUUCUAUGCAACCCAAUUUGCGCAGGGCCUUGCCUUCAACAUCUAUCGUCACGGUGCUUGGGGCAGUCUGCGACAUCUCCAUCUGCCUGUGAAUGAUGAGGCGAAGCCUAGAGUGGAUCACAUUUAUGGAAACGUGAUGCAGCGCGGAGACUUGUCAUCAUUGCGCUGGUUUGAAGGUCCCCUUGAGCCCGAGGAUUGCACAAUCAAAAUUACGUACUCAUCGCUGAACUUCAGAGACGUAAUGCUUGCCACGGGUCGCCUAGCUGUUGAGUUAUAUGGCUCGAGCCGCAUCGAUCAAAAUUGUGUCCUGGGCUUUGAGUACUCCGGCAUCAAUAUGAAGACCGGUCGUCGGAUUAUGAGCAUGGUAGUGAAGGGGGGUGUUGGAUCGUAUGUGGAGAAACCCUCCAAGCUUAUCUGGGACAUUCCCGAUCACUGGAGCUUGCAGGAAGCCGCUACGGUACCAGUUGUCUAUAUUACAGUCUACUAUGCCUUCUUCAUGGCCACCGAUAUCCGCAAGGGCAAGAGCAUACUUAUACACGCUGGCACUGGCGGCAUUGGCUUGGCGGCCAUUCGAGUGGCUUUGGCCUAUAAUUUGAACGUGUUCACCACGUGCAGCACACCUCAGAAGAAAAAGUUCUUAUUGGAGACAUUCCCGCAGCUAAAAGAAUCUCAAAUUGGAAACUCCCGCGAUACGUCCUUCGAGCUAAUGGUGCAGCGUGAAACUGAUGGCAAGGGUGUUGACUUUGUUUUGAAUUCUUUGUCGGAGGAUAAGCUGCUGGCAUCUGUGCGCUGUCUUGGAAUGUCGGGACACUUCCUGGAGAUUGGCAAGUUCGAUAUGGCCAAUGACACUAAGCUGGGCUUAAGCUGUUUCCUAAAAGAACUCACAUUCCAUGCUGUGUUGGCUGACAACCUGUUGGUGGCUUCGGAUGAGGAUAUUUGGCACUUGAAGAAACUAAUUGAUAUGGAUAUUGCCAGCGGCAUUGUACAGCCCUUGCCAGUGACAGUGUUUCCGGCGCACGAGCUCGAGCAGGCCUUCAGGCAUCUGAUUGGCGGCAAGCAUAUUGGCAAAGUCAUAAUUAAAGUACGUGACAGCCCAGAAGCAGCCGAAACGUUGCCGGUGCGUGUCCUUAGCCAAGUGUACUUUAAGCCGCAUAUGAGCUAUGUCAUACCCGGAGGCUUGGGUGGAUUUGGGCUGGAACUAGCCGAUUGGAUGGCCCUGCGUGGCGCCCGCAAGCUGGUGCUUAGCUCCAGCCGUGGCAUCACCAAAGACUAUCAAUCCUAUCGCAUUGCACUGUGGAAGACUUACGGCUGCGAAACUCUCGUUAACACUGCCGACAUAUCAACAAUUGAGGGCUGCCGCAAUCUGCUGCUGGAGGCGGCCAAACUGGGUCCAGUUGGAGGCAUUUUCAAUCUGGCUGUGGCACUGCGGGACGGCAUCUUUGCCAACCAGAACAUGGAGCAAUUCGUGCAGAGCUUCUCUCCAAAGGCUAUUGCCACCAAGCAUUUGGAUCUACUGUCUCGCAUUCUCUGUCCAGACCUAGAGCACUUUGUGGUAUUCUCGAGCGUGUCGUGCGGUCGAGGAAAUGCCGGACAAACCAAUUAUGGUAUGGCCAAUUCAAUCAUGGAACGCAUCAUCGAAAUCCGUCACAGGGAUGGACUUCCUGCAAAGGCCAUUCAAUGGGGUGCUGUGGGCGAGGUGGGCCUUGUCGCUGACAUGGCUGAGGAUAAAAUUGAUAUGGAAAUUGGUGGAACGCUGCAGCAAAGAAUCUCGUCGUGCCUACAGGAGUUGGAUACAUUGUUCAAUGCAAAGUCACCCAUUGUUGCCAGCAUGGUGGUGGCCGAGAAACGUUCGGGACGUUCCGGAAAUGAAAGUAUUAUCGAUACGGUAAUGAACAUCAUGGGCAUACGUGACCUGAAGUCCGUCUCCCUGGGCACAACCCUUUCCGAGAUGGGCAUGGACUCGCUGAUGGCUGUUGAAAUUAAGCAAACACUCGAGCGUGACUUUGAGCUCGUAUUAACGCCACAGGAUCUCCGUUCACUCACCUUCCAAAAGCUGCAGGAGUUCAUGGAAGCCAGGGAGAAGGAUAAUACGGAUGCCGUCAAAAUGAUUUUUGCUUCCGAAGGCCAAGUCAUAGGCAUGGACUUGAUGCUGCGCAACCUGGGCGAUGAGUCCCACUGUGACCAAGUAAUGUAUGCUCUGAAAACCCAUGCUCCGCCUUCAAAGCAAAGUAUCCCACCCAAUAUCAUAAUUCCCGGCCUGGAGGGUACAGCAGGCCAGGCCUGGUAUAAUAUAGGCGCCAGCUUGAACAGCAGGGCCAACGUGCUACAGCUCCAUCAAUUUGCUAAAGCUGAGACUGUCAGUGCUGUAGGUAACCUGGCACUGGAGCACGUGAAGGCACUUCUGAAGCCCGCAGAUCCAUUUUACCUGAUUGGCUACUCUUAUGGCUCCUAUGUGGCACUACAACUAGCCGCCUUGCUGGAGAAUUUGGGUUUCCGUGGACACGUCCUGCUGAUUGAUGGCGCCCCACACUUCCUAACAAGGCUAACGAAGCUCCACUUGGGCGCAGAUUACACCGACAAUGAUCUAUACGACUUGCUCUUCUCAAAAAUAGUCAGUCAAAUAUUCCCGGAUGAAACCAACGAGUCCGCUGCACUAAUGUUCAACAAGCUCGAUACUCUCAAAGAGAAAAUGGAGCUGCUAAUGGAGUUUGCGGACAAACAGAAACUGUACAGCAAAGAAUACUGCCGCGUUAUAGUCGAGGCCAUGUUCCACAGGGUUAAGAUGGCCGCCCAGUUCGACGUGGACAGCAUAAAGGACUUGAAGUCGCCGAUUACUUUAGUACGGCCCGCAGAGGUCUCUCUGCAGGACAUAGAGGAAGACUAUUGCUUAUCCCAGCUGACAUCGGGCAAAGUCACACUCAAGGUGAUUGAGGGCAACCACACGACCAUGCUGGACAAUCCAGUGCUGCCACAGAUUAUAAACGGCUUUGACCCUGGUCUAUUGGACGACAAGAACUUUGAGGAAUAUAUCCGCGACGUUAAGCCAGUGACCGUGGCUUAAAAACUCUAUAACAUUAUAUCUUUUAUUAUUAUCUAGUUAUUUUCACUUUAACGCUUCAAAGCUUGCAUCACAUCUUAUUACUCUAAUAACAAUAAAACAUGUUUUCUUACAAAUUUAUGGCGUCUCACAUUUGAACAUGCUCUCGAGGGAGAUCUGCUAAUUUAGCCUAAUUGCUUAAUAUCAAUGCUGAUGAACAUUUUCGUGUGAACGCUCUGAACUGAUCUUCACUAACGAACCU